AGGUGAGAGAGAGUCCACUUAUCCGCACGUCCACCUCUCCUUCUCGUCCCCUCCCCUCACUCGCUCGCUCCAUGGCUUCCUCCCUUUCCUUCUUCACCGGAGACAGAUGCUGCCCCUGAGCUGAGCUGCUUCCUUCCGGCAGCUUCCCUGACCUGAGCUUGCUGCUACCUGGAGUGGACGCAGCAAGCUCCUCCAGCAGAGCAGAGCAGCCUUCCUCGCCUCCUCCAGCAGAGCAUUCCUUCUGGAUGGCCAUGGCGAUGGGGGCGGUGCUCUCCUCCAGCAGAGCAGCCUUCCUCGCCUCCUCCUCCUCCUCUUCUUCACCAGCAGCAGGAAAGCAGCAGCAACAUCACACCAUGAUGAUGAUCAAGUAUUCCUCUACGUCGUCGCCACACACCAGGUGGCCGGUGUGCUCCCAGCUGGUUGCCGGAGACAGAAAUGGAGGAACCGGCCGGCAUGUCUCCAGGAGCACCGGGAACCAAUUCUCUGCCCACAUUCAGAUUCAGCAGCCUCAGCUCAACUCUACUCCCAUGAGGCUCUGCAACAAUAAUGCAGGCCUGGUGAAGAGGAGGGUCCUGUCAAGGGUCGAGUGCUUCCUAUCCUCGGACCCGGUCACCAGCGGAUGGCACAAACCCAAGAACCUCACCGGCCUCGACACCGCCGGGGUGCUGCAGCCCGAGUACAGAGCGCCCGUCAGAAAGCAGCGCGGAGACUGCAGGGCCGAGCAGUACGAGAUGACCGGGGCGCCGCUGGGCGACGUCCCCGCAGAGGCCGCCGUCCUGGUCGGAGAUGCUGCUAGCCCAGAGGCUGCUUCUUCUCCCGCCUGGUGGCAGCAGUUCCCCAAGCGCAUGACCAUCGUCGUCCUCUGCUUCUUCUCAUUCCUGCUCUGCAACAUGGACCGUGUCAAUAUGAGUAUCGCCAUCCUCCCGAUGUCAGCGGAGUUCGGCUGGAGCCCGGCGACCGUUGGCCUCAUCCAGUCUUCUUUCUUUUGGGGCUACCUUCUCACUCAGAUUCUUGGAGGCAUUUGGGCUGACCGUUUUGGCGGCAAGGUGGUCCUUGGGUUCGGGGUUGUAUGGUGGUCUAUUGCAACAAUUCUUACACCAUUUGCUGCCAAGCUUGGCCUUCCGUUCCUACUCGUCGUGCGUGCUUUCAUGGGAAUAGGCGAGGGUGUUGCCAUGCCGGCCAUGAACAACAUCCUUUCCAAAUGGAUCCCGGUUUCAGAGAGGAGCAGAUCUCUUGCAUUGGUAUACAGUGGAAUGUACCUUGGUUCAGUUACCGGCCUGGCCUUCUCACCUUUCCUGAUAAGCAAAUUCGGCUGGCCUUCUGUUUUCUAUGGAUUUGGGUCCCUGGGAAGCAUCUGGUUUACACUGUGGCAACUCAAAGCGCGCAGCUCUCCGAGUGAAGAUCCGGAAGUAACCGAAGAUGAAAAGAGGCACAUACUAGGUGGUAGUACCUUAAAGGAGCCUGUUACCUCCAUACCAUGGAAGUUAAUCCUAUCAAAGCCUGCAGUAUGGGCCCUCAUAGUAUCACAUUUCUGCCAUAACUGGGGAACAUUCAUUCUCCUUACAUGGAUGCCCACAUACUACAAUCAGGUUCUGAAGUUCAAUCUCACCGAGUCCGGGCUUCUGUGUGUCCUGCCGUGGCUGACAAUGGCCGUGUUUGCAAACGUUGGUGGCUGGAUAGCUGACACACUUGUUGCGAGAGGGGUUUCGAUAACAAAUGUUCGCAAGAUCAUGCAAUCUAUCGGUUUUCUUGGACCAGCCUUGUUCUUGACACUGCUGAGCAAAGUCCGCACACCAGCCAUGGCCGUGCUGUGUAUGGCAUGCAGUCAGGGGAGUGAUGCUUUUUCACAGUCUGGGCUGUACUCGAACCACCAGGAUAUAGGACCGCGUUACGCGGGGGUGCUUCUUGGGCUGUCGAACACCGCCGGCGUGCUUGCAGGAGUUUUUGGUACUGCUGCCACUGGCUACAUCCUUCAGAAAGGCUCUUGGGACAGCGUGUUUCAGGUGGCUGUUCUGCUGUACAUAGUAGGGACAGUGGUGUGGAACGUCUUUUCGACCGGAGAGAGGAUCCUCGAAUAAGCCAUGGGACGGACGCUCCUAUGCGCCGCUAUACGAAAAUAAGCUGAUUUUUGCUGAUGUCUGUCUUUUUGGUGUACGCAAGAAGUAAACCAGAGCGAGAGAUACCCUAUGAAAAAACUCGCGUUUUUUAGCAAGAGAUACAGUAGCUGCAUUUGAUGUUCGGGCUGCGGAAAGAGUGAAGAUCACACAGAAGAGCCGCACUUGAUGUUUACACUUGGUUAAAUUUUUGCUGUGAAAGUCAAGAUGCUAGGCUUGGAACCAAAGAAUUCUCUGAAUCUGAAAGCGCUGCUGCACGGAGGGAAUUAAUGCCACACCUUGCACCAAAUCCUAGCUUAGCACCUUGCGUCUGUUUAUUCCUGGAGGAAGUCCCAAGACUCCAAGCUACUUUCCCCCUGUUUCAGCUUUUGCACCAACUAAAGAAUUCCACAUGGUUGUUCUAUUUUCCUGAUGAAACCGAUGUUUUAACCAUGUUUGCAGCUGCUGCCAAAUUCAUGCGGUACUAUUACACAAGCAUUUUUGGGAGAACAAUGUUCUUUUUUAUGUUGCGAUAUUUGCUGUUAUUAUUACUGUUUCGCGUGUCAUGUAUGACUACUAUAUCACAUGACAAUGACUUUAUUUUUGCAAUGUGUAAAACAAAUA